AUGGUUUUUGCGAUAGAGCAAAUAAACAACAGAACAGAUAUUUUACCUAAUGUGUCACUGGGAUAUAAGAUAUAUGAUACUUGUAGUACUGUUUCAAUGGCAAUCAAAGCUGCAAUGGCAUUAAUGAGUGGAGCAGGAGAAGCACAAUCAUCAACUCUGCCGUGUUCUCAACAGUCAAGCAUUUAUGCAAUCAUAGGACAGACUGCCUCUUCUCCAACUAUUGGGAUUGCUACGCUUGUUGGCCAAUUUAACAUACCAGUGAUCCGUCAUUUUGCUACUUGUGCAUGUCUCAACAACAGGAAAGAGUUUCCCACUUUUUUCAGAACAAUACCAAGUGAUUAUUAUCAAAGCAGAGCACUGGCACAACUUGUCAAGCACUUUGGAUGGACCUGGGUGGGAACAAUAAGAAGUGACAAUGACUACGGCAGUUCUGGCAUGGCUACCUUUAUAAAAGCAGCCGAACAGGAAGGUAUCUGCAUUGAAUAUUCUGAAGUUAUUCACAGAACCAAUCCAAGAGAGAAAUUUCUUAAAACGGUUGACAUAAUUAUAAUGGCUUCUUCAAAGACUAUUGUAGCUUUUGCAUCUUUUAUAGACAUUGAAUUUUUAAUUAAGGAACUGCUUCUUCAAAAUGUUACAGGUCUACAGUGGGUAGGCAGUGAGUCCUGGGUUUCUGCCAAAAAUGUGGCAACUAUGGAAAACUACAGAAUUUUUAAAGGGGCGAUUGGUUUUUCAAUUGCUAACGCAGCAAUACCAGGACUAAAAGAAUGUUUACUGUCCGUUCGUCCAUCUAGCACUCCAGGCAAUACAGGUUUGAUUAAACUUUGGGAAGACAUGUUUGGUUGCAGUUUCAAUGCUUCAAAUCCUAAAACGUGUUCAGGAUCGGAGGAUUUACAGCAAGUUAAUAAUCUGUACACUGAUGUUUCUGAACUAAGAAUUACAUAUAAUGUGUACAAAGCUGUAUAUGCUGUAGCACAUGCGCUCCACAACCUCCUAGUUUGCCAGGAUAAUGAAGGACCCUGCAUGGCAAACCAAAAAGAUACACUGCCACUGCAGGCAUUGCAAUAUCUGAAGAAGGUUAAUUUCAGUGUAAACAGAGGUGAAUAUGUCAAUUUUGAUAAUAAUGGAGAUACUCCUACAAGAUAUGAAUUGGUGAAUUGGCAGCUUAGUGUAAAUGGAAUCAUAGAAUUCCAGAAUCGGUAUGCAGUGAAAGCUGUCAUCCUGGUACACGUAAAGCUACACAGAAAGGAAAGCCGGUCUGUUGUUUUGAUUGCCUACCUUGUGCAGAAGGAGAAAUUAGCAACAGCACAGGAGCACUGCCUUCAGGCAGAACACAAUAUAAACCAAGUCAACUCUUUAUCGUUGCUGUCUUGUCAUUUAUUCAGAGACAUGCUUCUGAGAGUUAUUGUGCUGGCUCUUUCGGUAUGGAGUGAAGAUCCUGUUUGCAAACUAUGGGGAAAACCUGAUAUUCCUCUUCUUUCAAAGACUGGUGACUUCAUGUUGGGUGGAAUUUUUACACUUCAUAAUAACAUUAUAGCAUCCAAACCCACACUUAAGUCUACACCUGAACCAUUAUUCUGUACAGGUUUAAAUUAUAAAGAAUAUCAGUUUGCUGAAACCAUGAUCUUUGCGAUUGAGCAAAUAAACAACAGAACAGAUAUUUUGCCUAAUGUGUCACUGGGAUACAAGAUAUAUGAUGCUUGUAGUACUAUUUCUUUGGCAAUUAAAGCAGCAAUGGCACUAAUGAGUGGAGCAGGAGAAGCACAAUCAUCAACUCUGCCGUGUUCUCAACAGUCAUUCAUUCACACAAUCAUAGGACAUUCUGCCUCUUCUCCAACUAUUGGUAUCUCUACGCUUGUCGGUCAAUUUAACAUACCAGUGAUCAGUCAUUUUGCUACUUGUGCAUGUCUCAGCAACAGGAAAGAGUUUCCCACUUUUUUCAGAACAAUACCAAGUGAUUAUUAUCAAAGCAGAGCACUGGCACAACUUGUCAAGCACUUUGGAUGGACCUGGGUGGGGACAAUAAGAAGUGACAAUGACUAUGGCAAUUCUGGCAUGGCCACCUUUAUAGAUGUAGCCCAGAAGGAAGGAAUCUGCAUUGAAUAUUCAGAAGUUAUUUACAGAACCAAUCCAAGAGAGAAAUUUCUUAAAACAGUUGACGUAAUUAAAAUGGCUUCUUCAAAGACUAUUGUAGCUUUUGCAAUUUUCAUAGAUCUGGAAUUUUUAAUGAAGGAAUUGCUGCUUCAGAAUGUUACAGGUCUACAGUGGGUAGGCAGUGAAUCUUUGGUUUCUGCCAAAAAUGUGGCAACUAUGGAAAACUACAGAAUUUUUAAAGGAGCGAUUGGCUUUUCACUCGCUAAUGCAGCAAUACCAGGGCUGAAAGAAUUUUUACUUUCAGUUCGUCCAACAAGCACUCCAGGCAAUACAGGUUUGAUUAAACUUUGGGAGGAUAUGUUUGAUUGCAGUUUCAACACUUCUCAUUCUAAAACCUGCACAGGAUCGGAGAAUCUCCAGCAAGUUAAUAAUCUGUACACUGAUGUUUCUGAACUAAGAAUUACAUAUAAUGUGUUCAAAGCUGUAUAUGCUGUAGCACAUGCACUCCAUGACCUUCCAUCUUGCCAGGAUAAUCAAGGACCCUGCAUGGCAAACCAAAAAGAUACACUGCCACUGCAGGCAUUGCAGUACCUGAAGAAAGUUAAUUUCAGUGAAAACAAUGGUGACUAUGUAAAUUUUGAUGUUAAUGGAGAUCCUCCUGCAAGAUAUGAAUUGGUGAAUUGGCAGCUUAGUGUAAACGGAAUCAUAGAGUUUGUGACCAUUGGAUUUUAUGAUGCACUUAUGCCAGAAGGAAAGCAGUUUAUAAUGAACAACAAGAGCAUCGUGUGGGCCACCAAUGAUGGCAAGAUUCCAAAAUCAGUAUGCAGUGAAAGCUGUCGUCCUGGUACACGUAAAGCUACACAGAAAGGAAAACCAGUUUGUUGUUUUGAUUGUCUACCAUGUGCAGAAGGAGAAAUUAGUAAUAGCACAGAUGCAGUUCACUGCACAAAGUGCCCUUUGGAAUACCGGGCCAAUGAAGAGAAAGACCAGUGCAUUUUAAAGGACAUUGAAUUUUUGUCUUAUGAUGAAAUAAUGGGGAUGAUAUUAAUUAUAUUUGCUUUGUUAGGAGCUUCUCUAACUUCUGUGGUUACUGUUGUAUUUUUCAAGUUCAGAGAUACUCCAAUUGUGAAAGCUAAUAACUCAGAACUAAGUUUUCUUCUUCUUUUUUCAUUGACGCUGUGUUUUCUGUGUUCACUUACAUUUAUUGGGGAGCCCACUCAGUGGUCCUGCAUGUUACGACACACAGCUUUUGGCAUCACAUUUGUUCUUUGCAUCUCGUGUGUUUUGGGAAAAACAAUAGUUGUGCUUAUGGCAUUUAGAGCAACAAUGCCUGGUAGUAAUAUAAUGAAAUGCUUUGGACCAGCUCAGCAGCGGUUAAGUGUUUUAACUUUUACACUCAUACAGACUUUGAUAUGUAUCAUUUGGUUAGUAAAACAUCCUCCAUUCCCCCAAAAGAACAUGAACACUAAUAAAGAAAUAAUCAUUUUAGAAUGUGAAAUGGGAUCCACAGUAGCUUUUUAUAUUGUGUUAGGAUAUAUUGGCCUGUUAUCAGUUAUGUGUUUUGUUUUGGCUUUUCUUGCUCGAAAACUGCCAGACAAUUUUAAUGAGGCAAAAUUCAUCACAUUCAGCAUGCUGGUGUUCUGUGCCGUUUGGAUCACGUUUAUUCCAUCUUAUAUCAGCUCUCCUGGAAAGUAUACAGUAGCUGUAGAGGUAUUUGCUAUUCUGGCAUCAAGUUUUGGUUUACUUCUUUGUAUUUUUGUUCCAAAAUGUUAUAUCAUUCUGCUGAAACCAGAUAAAAAUUCAAAAAAACACCUAAUGGGUAAAGUGCAGUCAAAAUCGCUUUGA